GAAUUAAUUAUGCCGAGUAUUCUUCAUCGUGCAUCAAAAGGUCAUUGGAUUGGAAUCACUAAUGGUGUGGAUUUUACUCAAUUUAACCCAUUUGAUGAUAUGAUGCUCUUGGAGACCGAUUCACAUUACCCAAAGAAUAUCAUGACUUUUGAUUAUGAGCGUUUUAUCGAGGAACAAAUCGAUGCAUCAUCACAGGAGCUUGUUAUUGAUGCAAAAUUUAAAGCUAAAAGUCAUUUAAUAAAAGAGGGAUUUUUAGAAGCUGACGAUGUAAAUAGGACUAUAUUUUUAUUUAUCGGUCGGUUUCAAUAUAAUAAAGGUGUAGAAUUCUUUACUACAGCGGUUGAGACUCUGGCAGCGCUUGAUGCUAAAUUGAUUAUUAUGGGUCAGCAGAAUAAUUUUCCAAUCAAUCAGUUGCAAAAACUUCAAUCAAAGUACCCAAAACACUUUAAUUUAAUUGAUGAUUUAGAAUUUCAGAAUGAUUGGGGUGUCUUAUAUCGUGCUGCAGCAGAUGUACAAUUUGUACCCAGUCUUACUGAAAGUUUUGGUUUAGUUGCAGCCGAAGGGUUAUUAUUUGGAGCCACAGUUGUUAGCACGGGUGUAGGAGGAUUAAGAGAAUUUUUAGUUAAUAAAAGCACUGACAAUAUAACUGAUAGAUAUAAUUCUUAUUUAUUUGAAUUAGUUGGAUUAGUUGAUAAAACAUAUAUUAUCCAUUCAGUCGAAGGGAUGAAAAGAGCUUUAACUGCAGUAAUAAAUGACUAUAAGCGACUAAACGAUAAUUUGCAUGAAAAAGAAAUAUUUAUAAGAGAUUUGAUCAAAGAUGCACUUAAGUUGAGUUGGAAUCGACCGCAAGGACCUCUUGAACAAUAUUUGAAAGUAUAUAAUUUAGCGAUAAAAUCUCGGCGAAAAAAAAUUUUAAGGAAAAAAAAAUAUAUGUUCAAUGACUUAGAAAUGUAA